CAAGCUGAAUCAAGCUAAUAAUACACACACUUCUCGAGUUCUUGUUCUUAUUUACUUCUUGUGAUCCAUUCUUCUGAAUUGGAUCAUACGCCGGAUUUAUUGUCCAUAAAAUUGGUGCUCUCGUUGAGAGCUCGAGAAUCAUACUCAAGAAAAACCUUCCAAGAGAACAAUGGUGCAAACUCAUAGCAACGCAAACCUGGGUACCAGAAUUCCCCUCCAGGGCGAGAAUAGUGCCACCGGAGGUCGGCACCCUCCCAUUAGUGUGCUAGAGGUGGAUGCUCUCAUCUAGAGGGUCGGGAUCACCGUAGAGCAGUUUAAGGAGGUGAUGGCAGCCCUGACCCCGAACCGCGAGGUUGUGGUGGAGGAUGCGACCGGGGAACCAUCCGGAGGGAAGGCGGGACCUGCGGGCUUGGGGGGAAAAAAGAAGAAGAAGAUCUGGCGGUCUCAAAAGAAGAAGGCGACCCAGCCUAACGGAAAGGCAAUAAUGGAGGAUGAACUGUCCAGGGCGAUCGGGUCUGGAGGACUUGGAGUGCGUAAUCUCCCCCGUCCACCUGUGUAUGGAGUUCAUCACCCCUACCGGGGUAGGGGUGGCAAGAGGAAAUCAGCGUCUGUCCCGGUCGUGCUAUGUCAGGGCAACCAAGAUCCAGACACGAUUCGACGAAAAUGUCAGCACGAUCUGUUCCGCGAUACAGAGGGAAGAAGGGCAAGCCAGAGCGGAGCCAGCGGAGGAGGUAGAAGAAGUUUCCCUAGAUCCAGCCAAGCCGGAGCAAAAGGUGAAGGGGAUAUGCCUGGGGUCGACCCACGAAUCAUCUGCCACAGAUUGGCGGUAGAUCCGGCCCACAAGCCGGUCAAACAGAAGAAACGUUUCUUCUCCUCGGAAAGGAGAGACUUUGUCACUAAGCAAGUGACCACCCUGCAAUCCAUCGGGCACAUUCGGGAAGUCCGCUACCCGGAGUGGUUGGCAAACGUAGUCCUCGCAUCCCAAGGGAACACCUGGCGGAUGUGCGUCGAUUACACCGACCUAAACAAAGCUUGCCCGAUGGACCCGUUCCCUCUCCCCAACAUUGACCAGUUGGUGGACGAAAUGGCAGGGUGCGAGUUAAUGAGCUUUAUGGAUGCUUUUAGCGGGUACCAUCAGAUCAGGAUGGCCACGGCAGACGAAGAAAAGACAUCCUUCAUCACCCCCAAUGGGGUAUACUUUAUAAGGUAAUGCUUUUCGGCCUGAAAAAUGUUGGCACGACCUAUGCACAAAUGGUCAAUAAGCUGUUCGCGCCGGUGCUAGGGGUGUAUGGAGGCGUAUGUGGAUGAUAUGAUUGUUAAGUCAAAGCAGAUGUUAUCCCAUGCUCAGGAUUUAGAAAUGGAUGGUCUUAAAUAAAGAAAAUUAAAUAGUUUACUGUUAU